GAUAACUGGGGGCCUUGCAAACACACUACAAGUGAAGUGGAAGUGAAGUGAAGUGACUACAUACAAGUGAAGAUGGCGGAUGUGUUGAGUGUUCUUCGUCAGUAUAACAUCCAGAAAAAGGAGAUUGUUGCUAAAGGAGAUGAAGUUAUAUUUGGGGAGUUCUCCUGGCCGAAGAAUGUCAAGACCAACUACAUAAUCUGGGGUACUGGUAAAGAGGGGCAGCCCAAAGAGUACUAUACCUUGGACUCUAUCUUGUUCUUGCUCAACAAUGUGCACCUGCCGCAUCCAUCCUAUGUGCGAAGAGCUGCAACAGAGAACAUCCGUGCUGUCAGACGACCUGAUCGAAAGGGCUUGCUUACAUAUCUUAAUGGCGAGAGCUCCACGUCAACGAGCAUCGACAGAAGUGCGCCCAUAGAAAUAGGUCUGCAAAGGCCAACACAAGGCAUCUUCUGAAGCCAAAAAAAACAAGAGUUGAGGAUGAGGAACGUGUGCGUCUGGCUGCCCGUCUGGAGGACCAUAAAGAAGGCAAUGUGCAAAGCUGGUGAUGUGUGGGCUGACUUACAUUGGAAAGUCCAUCGAAGAAGACCAGGGUUUGCUGACCAUCUCUGGCUUCAACCUUGGAGCUUUCAGUGUCAUUCGUAAUUUGGCCCAAGAUCUCGUCUGAUAAGAUUUCGGGGACUUUUCCUGAGUAAUGUAAUGAGUGUAGAAUAUAAAGGCCAAUUCAACAUUUAUAGCAAGAGGUUGGCAGGUUAAGAGGAACAAUGCAAGAGUCACAGUUUUAGGGUGUUUGCAACUGUAGGUUUACUUCAGGGGGGAUUACCUGUAGUUUUCAACAUGCAUCUAUGGUAUGAGUUAGCAGGUUUGAUGUAGAGAUGCUUUAAACCUUCAUUUCAUGUAGCGUUUCUUAGACAUACUUAACAUCAGUGAAAGAGAAACCUGAAACAAAGCAUACAAAGUCAAUGGUAAAACUUGGAGUUGCUUUUUAUUGUGUUAAUUUCACAGAUUUCUUAGAUCAGAAAAGUUUUUCUUUAAGUAUUAACAUCUUGGAUUCCUUUUACACUUGAAUCCAAAUUUGCUUUAGAAAAAGUGUCGCCAUAUUUCUUUUAACGUAUAAUCUCACAAGAAGAAAACCAAAAACUCAGCUUUAAAACAAUAAACUGGGCUUAGUGUCAAACAAAUGUUAGAACAACUAAAAUUUGUGGCCAAGCUAAAGCAAAGACCGUCAGUUUUAACAACAGACUAAUGCCAAUGUUUGGGAUUUUUUUUUUUUUUUUUUUUUGUGUGAAAAUUUUGUGUUUCAGUCUGAAUUCUGUGCAUCAGAAUUUACAUUUUACUGUAAUAAAGUACUGUAAUAAGCUUUACUUAUCACGGUGUAAUUUAAAUUAGUCUUCAUAAAAAAACAAACAAUAAACUGACCAUGUAACUGUGAAGGAUGUUUGUCCCAACAUGCUGAUGUUUUCAUUUUUAAUUUUAAAGCAACAUCCAGUCUUUUUGGUCAACGUAUAAAGUAUUUAUAACAUGACUGUUGACACGUUUUGGGAGAUGGACAUGAGAUUUGAUAGUUCUCAAGUGUUUCACAACCAUUCUCUUGUAUCUGUCCUGCUUAACAUGUACCUAUUCACUGUAGCGGCGAUGUAAAGCCCUUCCUAAUAAAUAACUUGCUGCUCUGGAAA